AUGGUGAUCUCAUGUUUUCUAUUUCUUUCUUUCUUUACUUGCCUUAUACUCUCUUAUAACUGUAUGAACUUUCUUGUCUUUUCUUUUCUUUCUUUCUUUCUUUCUUUCUUUUUUUUUUUCUUUCACCUCCUCCUUCUUUCUUAUUUCUUUCUUUCUUUCAUUACUACUUUCUUCCAUCCUUCCGUGUUGUUCUUUCUUUCUUUUUACUACUCUUCUCCACUUCAAUCUUUCUUUCUUUUCUUUCACUUUCUUUCAAUCUUUCAUUCUUUCUUUCUUUCUUUCUUUUUCUUUCUUUCUUUCUUUCUUUCUUUCUUUCUUUCUUUUCUUUCUUUCAUAGCUUUUUUUUCUUCUUUCUUUCUUCCAUCUUCCUCCUUAUUACUUCUUUUGAACUUUCUUUCUUUCUUUCUUUCUUUUCUUUCUUUCUUUCUUUCUUUCUUUCCCAUCCUCCUCCUCCUUAUUAUUUCUUUUUCUUGCAUUUCUACUCUUCCUCCCGUGUUAGUUCUCUCUUUCUUUUUUCUACACUUUCCACCUCAAUAUUUCAUUCUUUCUUUCUUUCUUUCAUUCUUUCUUUCUUUCUUUCUUUCUUUUUUCUUUCUUUCUUUCUUUCUUCUUCUUUUCUUCUUUCUUUCAUUCUUUUUUCAUUUUACUUCUUUUUUUCUUUUUAAAAACUUUCUUUCUUUCUUUCUUUCUUUACUUCUUUCCUCUUCCUUUCCUUUCUUUUCUUUCUUGCUUCUUUCCUUUCAUUCUUUUUCUUUCUUUCUUUCUUUGUUUUUCUUUCUUUCUUUCUUUUCUUUCUUUCUUUUUCUUUCUUUCUUUCUUUCUUUCUUUCUUUCUUUCUUUUUCUUUUCCUCCGUUUAG